AUGUCAAUAGCACAAGAUUUAACAUUAGCAGUAUGCCAAAAAAGUAUUAGUAACUGUGUACACAUAGUUACUGAAGCAAUUGUUACAAAUCUGGCUCACCAAUGGAUUCAGUUUCCAUCUGAUGAUGAAAUUCCUUUAAUAAGAGCUCAAUUUUAUGAAAAAUAUCAUAUACACGGUGUUGUAGGGUGCAUUGAUCGCACCCAUAUUUAUAUUGCGUCAGUACCUGAUGAUCCUAUUCAUAGAGAAUAUAUGUAUGUCAACCGGAAAAAUGAACAUUCUAUUAACGUUCAAUUGAUUUGUGAUGCCUCAUGUCGAAUAAUAAAUGUAAACUCUAAAUUCCCAGGAUCGACACAUGACUCAUUUACUUGGAAAAAUAGUGAAAUAAGGAACUAUUUAAAAGACAAAUAUGAAGAAGGAACUUUUAAGUCUUGGCUGUUAGGAGAUAAAGGUUAUCCAUUAGAGCCAUUUCUUACGGUACCUUUCUAA